CCGAACACUAGGGUUACGAUCCUGCUCGGCUCGUCCUCUGGUAUAUAUACCUCCUAUUCCUUCACGCCGCCGCCGCUGCUGUCUUUCGGUCUCCCCCGACUCUCGGCGCCGCCGCUGCCGCCGCUGGUCUACGAAGAGAUCUUGAAGUCGCUGCUGCGGUAGCUUUCCCAGCCGUCACCAUGGAGAACGAGGAGGGUAAGAUGGUGGACCUCUAUGUCCCCAGGAAGUGCUCUGCCACGAACAGGAUCAUCAUUGCCAAGGACCAUGCCUCUGUGCAGAUCAACAUCGGGCACUUGGAUGAGAACGGUCUGUAUGAUGGCCACUUCACCACGUUUGCUCUCUCUGGAUUUGUCCGUGCUCAGGGUGAUGCUGACAGCUCAUUGGACAGGCUGUGGCAGAAGAGGAAGGCCGAGAUCAAGCAGUAGUGGAUCUUGCUUGCUUUUAGUUUCCCCAGAAAUCAGAAUUGACUCUUAUGAUAGGUCAGACCCUGCUUUGGUGAAGUUUUGAUUUCUGUGUUGUGAAAUCGGAUACGAUGCUGUACGUUCAGUUGGUACUGAAGAAGUAUGGUCUGGUGGGUCAGUUUUUAGCUUGUUAAGAUAAUCAAGGAUUUUAGAAAAAUUGCCAGUUCUCUGAUAUUGCACCUGUGCUUUGCUGUUGUUGAUCAUGCUUUGUCUGGGA